AUGUUUGAGCAUCGAGGCAACUAUACGUUUGACUGCAAGCUAUCCCACACCUGCAAACAAGCAAAGUACCCGACCUACCCCCUCAACGUUUCUUACGGAACAGGCCAAAUAAAAGGCCGUGUCGACAUCGAUAGCGUUUGCUUCGACACGGAUCCGAGAUGGUGUAUAUCCGAACAAAUGUUCAUUUGUGCAUCGCAAGUGCUUGAUAUGGAUGGCUUUCUAAUCGACGGCAUUCUUGGUAUGGCGUGGCCUUCAAUAGCUGUCGAUCACAUCCCAACACCUAUGGAGAGCAUUUUCGCCGACAAGAUCCUGUAUCUAAUCGGUGCGGAAGAAUCGGUAGGAGUCGAGUGCAGUCAAACUUCCGGUUACCCAACAAUCGCAUUUAGUGUUGGCCGCCAUAAAUUCAUCCUUGGAGGACAACAAUACUUCGUUGAGAGUGGCAAAUUCAUAGUUUCAGAUGGUAGCUGGAUUCUUGGUGAUGCCUUCAUGAGCAACUUCUACACUAUCUUUGACCACGCAAACAAAAGUGUUGGGUUUGCCAAACUAGCUUGA